AUGCUUUUGACACGCCGAAGCGUCACGUUGUCGAAGCAUUUGCGACAUACCGCGUUACGUUGGGUGCUACGCUUUUCAUAUUACCACGCGUUCGGUUUCGGUCUGCUACCCAGGUUUAUUAGCUACAAGCGGCCACUGCGGAGACCGCAUCAUAAGCUAUUUUACCGGCUGUACACCGUCGCUAUAAAUUUGUUUUGCUGGGCUAUGUAUCCCGUCAUAGUGUCGCGUAUGACAAUCCACUUGGUGCACAUUCGAGACUGGUUGUCCGUAAUGUUCUCGAUGAGCGUUGCCAUACUAUGCAAAACAUUUGCACUCGUCACAAUGUGUAUAUACAUAUGGUUUGGUCAACGACGCACAGUUGAAGUGCUUCGCCGUUAUCGCACGUUACGGCAACGUUAUCGGCACCUAAAGAGAGUAACGUGUCCCAAUCAAGCGCAGUUGGAGUAUCAGCUAUUGGCGAAAUUCUUUAGCGCCAACAUAGGGAUCGUCCAUACGGCGCGCAUAUAUUUUGUCUACGGCAAGACUAAUGCAAAUGCCUAUAAAUUGCUAGUGCUUGCUCAAUUUCUCUCAAAUUCAUUUCUUAUUGCCGGUGUACAUCAAUUUGUGUACGCGCUCUACUUGCUGCGGCAACAAUUUGCAUGUGUCAAUGAGUUGAUACGCCUUUGGCUAUGCGAAGUGUGGUCACUAAAAAAUAUCAAGGAUACAUUUUUACCGCAAUUCUCCAAAGAGCUGAACAGUGAGCUGAGCGCGCGCUUGUUGGAGCUGGAUUUAAUGCAUUCGGAUUAUCAAUAUUUGACUGUGCGCGUUUUCGAGCUAUUCUCCCUACCCUUUGCGGGCUUCUUGUUUCGACAAUUUGGCAUCAGCAUUAAUAUACUCUUCAGUGCCGUACAAUUCAUUAACAAUCGCAUAAAAGUCGGUACAGCGGAUGAUAUUAUAGGUACACUAUUGAUUGUACUCUUCUUUACGGAUGCUCUGUUGCUAAUUUCGUGGGUCAACGGGGUUGUGCAUGAAUGUAAUGUAUCCGCGGAGCUGCUACGCGAAUCUACUACACUAGUCAGUAGCUGUAAACAUCAGGCAGAGCUGAAGCAACAGGUGCGUUGA